AUGCAGACUAAAAAGGUUCCUAAUGUUUUUAUGUCACUAUAUCGUCUUGCCAGUAAGGAAGAUUAUGAUUUGUCAAAGUGGCGAGAUAUUUUGACUGGAAUUCACAGGAAAUCAAAGGAGAAACAUAGCAUAAAGGACAUUUGCCUCUUGUAUUAUUCACUGUUUAAGGGGAAUUCAAGUAUAGAUUUGUCAAAUUUGGAGAUCAGGUAUAAGGACUCAGAAACUAAGGAAAACCUUGGACCGUUAACCAUAAGAGAUAUAGCAGAUGUGUACAUUAACAAGGUCUCAAACCUGUUAUGUUACAUGAACACUAAGCAGCUGGCAAUUAUAUCUAAAUAUUUGCACAUGAUGAACAGGCUAAAUGAGUCCUUUUGUGCCACAAUUUUGUCCAGAAUAAGUUCAAAUAGUUUGAAGAUCACCUCUAGGUCCUUUUUUAACAUUCUCUUAACACUUUCAGAGUCUAAAUAUGUAAAUAAUGAUUCAAUAGAACGGUUGAUAAUCCUAAAUAAGGGUUUGUUGCUGGAUAUGAAUAGCCUUGACCUCCAGUAUCUUCUCAAAUCAAUUUCAAUUCACAACAUAACUAACGAAACAAUACUAAAUAUAGUGUCGGAUAAGUUGGAAUACUACUUGAGGGACAUGAAACCCGAUGAGAUCCUGUCCACGUUGCAUUACAUUUAUAAGCUCGACUGGUAUAAUGAAUCAGUCUUCAUGAACUUGUACUUUAGAAUCCAAAGUUUACUUCCUCAGUAUAAACUUAAUUCAAUUGUAUUAAUUUCUAAAUGUCUUUCACACUUCAAACCCAAAGGUGUUGAGGAUUUUUUUGAUUCACAAAUCAUUCCCACUGUUCAUGGGAUUAUCUCAGACAUUGACGUUGGUAAUCUAAAAUUAACUGACAAGGUUGAUAUUUUGUUGUUAUACAACAACUGUUAUAAAUGUGGUUCUAGAUCAUUUCCUAAAUUACUAUUUCAGAUUUCAGACUUACUGAGUGAGGAUUAUCAAUGGGAUUUGUUGUUUUCAGCUCUGAAUUUGCUUUUCAAAAAUAAUUCUAAUGCAGUUGAACAUAACUUAAUACAAGAGGAAGAAUUUGGAACUUUACUCACAAAAUCACUUGAUUUUUUCAAAAUAUUUUUAGCUGUAAAUGAAGUCGGACCCAAGUAUUUAUCUUCAAUCAGUAAAAAUUUAGUUGAAUUAGCAGUUGAAGAUGAGGAUUUAUUUUUACAAAUCCUUAAUAAGGUGAAUUCUGAUCAUUUCCCAAUCGACUCUUUAAUUGAAGUUCUGUUUAACCUACACACUGUUUACAGUGACCCUUUUAACACCGUUUAUGACCAAUGUCUUCAAAAAUUUUUGGACCACGAAAGGGUGCUAGAUUACUCAUUCUCACUUCGAAUAUUAUCUAUCCUGUUUUAUAGGAAUAUUAGUCCUGGACCCGGUUUACUCUCAAUUUUCAAAUCUUUAUUUGACAUUGAUACCUUGCAGGACAGUUCUUGGAAAAUUUCGAGACCAGAAACUUUUGGGUGUUUACGUCAAAUAUCGCGUUCAUUCAUAUCUGGUGAUGAUCCAGAAUACUUGUUAUACACUAUAGUGUUUCCAUCAUGUGUUACUGGAUCUGGUUCCAGGCUAUCGCAGUAUUUAUCUGAAGUUUCAUGCAUUUUCAAGAUGAUCUCAGAGUUUAAAAAGAAUGAAUUGUUGAAGGCACUACUGUAUUAUAUUGGAGAGUUUGAUAAAAAGGUGUUAAAUUCACUUCUGGAGUCUAGAAAUAUGAAUUACACUCGGUUGAAAAUUGAAAUUUUACCAGUAAAUUUAGUCCCAAAACAAUUAACUUUUGAAAGGGUUGAUUGUUUACUACUUAAGUUUGGUGAGGAUGUAUUAGGGCCAUUUUACCUAGUCCCAGGAACUAAAGACGUGUAUUAUUAUGGGAAAUCAAGAGAGAAGUGGGAUUCAAUUACAGUGAACAUUUAUAAACAUAUUUUAACAUUAAAUGGAUACAGUCCAAUUAAGAUUUAA